AUGUUGGCCCUGACGAUCGCCUUCUUUUUCGUGGUCGCGUAUUUUAAUAGCAGGAAAGAGGAUGACAGCGAGGAGAAGCGUAUCAAGGAGGAGGUGAAGAGGCUGGUGCGCCUGAAGAAGGAAUUCGAAGAGUCGGAGGAGCAGGAGGAGCUGGAUGACGACUCCUUGUCGGCCUCACUGAAGGCGGCGCAGGAGAAGAUGGACGAGGACGAAGACGGCGAUGGUGCGAAAGCCGAGGGCGAGGGCGAGGGCAAAGAGGGGGAAGAGGCAGAAGGCAAGGAGGACAAGGGUGAGAGCAAGGAUGAUAGCAAGGAUGAUAGCAAGGAUGACGGCGAGGACAAGCCCCCGCCCAAGCCGAGCCCUCCCAAGCCGCCCAAGCCGAGCCCUCCCACGCCGCCGAAGCCGAGCCCGCCCGCGCCGCCGAGUGACAAGGAAUAG